AUGCUCGGCGUGGCUUUCGGCAUCGGGGUCCUGCUGGCCCUGGCGGGCGGCACAGCCGCCCAUAGCUGCGUCGCCCCGCACGAACUCGUCUCCAAGAUGCUGCAACGCCUGGAGGACUCCGUCAAGGCGGACGAGCUGCCGAACCCCAGCGUCCUGCUGGCCAUGAACCUGGCCAGGGCCACCGGCAGUAACACCCACGAGUGGCUGCUCCAGCGGAUAAAGGAGGAGGCUGUGAAGACAGCCCAGAAAGACACGACCUUGGGAGAUGUGGCUCUGUACGUGCUCGCCCUCCUCUCCUCCUGCCAGAACCCCCAGCACAUCCAGGCCCUGGGGCAGACCGUCGACCUGCUCCGCGUCCUGCAGCGGAAAAUGGACGAGGAGAUGGCCAGCCUGGAGGCGGAGGGCAUCCCGAAGACCACCCUGUACAGCGUGAGCCUGGACACCCUGGGCCUGUGCCUGGCGGGGGCGGGUGGCUACCAAGGGGCAUCCGUGGUCCUGGCCAAGAAGGUGCUGAACCCCAAGAGCCAGCUCUCCGUGGACACCCGUGCCAUGGCGGCGCUGGCGCUGGCGUGCGCGUACGGCUACACGGACCUCCACGACGUGCGGGACCUGCUCCAGGAGGCACUGUCGACGGUGACCAACGAUUUCCUCAACGAGCAGGAGAAAGGGGAUGGCAUGAUCGGGAACAUCUACAGCAUGGGGCUGGCCCUGCAGGUGCUGGGCGCCACGGAGAAGUUUUAUGCCCCGCGGGAGUGGGACUGCGCCCAGGCUUUCUCCGUGGUGUACAGCCAUGACUACAACCUGCCCAUGGCCAUCGCCCAGGUCCUGCCUGCCCUCGUGGGCAAGUCGUACCUGGAAGCGGCCGGCUUGGACUGCGCCGCCAGCGCCAGCGUGUCCCCGAGGCUACAGUCGUCCCCGUCCCCAAAGCUGGAUACAACAGGGGUUCACAGAGCAGCCCCCAUCACGGUGCACUACUCCAUCAUCAACAAGCUGCAGGGAAAGCACUUCACCUACACCACCUCGGCGCAGGUCCCGGCUGGCUCCACGCUCCUCGAGGUGCUGCGGGCCGCCGCGGCGGAGAAACCCGACAUCUUUAGCUUCCAGACGCAGCAGACGUCCUGGGGUCCCAUGGUGGUCUCCAUCCACGGGCUGGCCGCCAACCCGGCUGACAAGACCUACUGGCAGUUCCUCAGCGGCACGAACGCCCUGCAGGAAGGGGUCGGCACCUACAAGCCGCAGAACGGGGAGCACAUCCAGGCCGUCUUCAGCACCUACUGA